CACCACCUUACUCGACACUCGACUUGACGCACUCACCCUCCGCUGCUCCGCUCCUCCUCCUCGCCGCCCCGCAGACGUUACACCACCCAUUGAUCGCUGACAACAUACCCACUGUACCUUUACCCUCCGCGUCCGCUCUGGCACAUCUCCAGCGAUGAGUGGCAGAUUUGUUCGUGCCUCGAAAUACCGGCACGUCUUCGGUCAGAACGUCAAGCGCGAACAAUGCUAUGACAACCUGCGCAUCUCUAAGAAUGCCUGGGACAGCAAUCUGAUCAAGGCCAAUCCCAAGUACAUUGCCGUGAACUGGGAAGCUGGCGGUGGUGGCGCGUUCGCUGUGAUUCCCCUGGAAGAGCGAGGCAAGCUGCCCGACCAAAUCCCGCUCUUUCGUGGACACACCGCGGUUGUGCUGGACACGGACUGGAGUCCCUUCGACGACUCGAUCAUCGCCUCUGCCUCCGACGACGGCAAGGUCUUCCUCUGGCAGGUACCCGAGAACUUCCAGCUACGCACCGAUGCCGAGGAGCCCGAGGACGUGAAACCGGUCGGCAAGCUGAGCGGCCACUCGCGAAAGGUGGGCCAUGUGCUAUUCAACCCAGCGGCCGAAAACGUCCUCGCUUCGUCCUCUGGCGAUUAUACUGUCAAGAUCUGGGAUCUCGAAAACGGAAAGGCGAAGCUCACCUUAAAGGGCAAUGAUAUCUUCACGUCGUUAUCAUGGAGCGCUGACGGCAGCACGCUGGUGACUACUUCGAGGGAUAAGAAGCUGCGUUUCUGGGAUGUGCGGCAAGAAAAACCAGCACACGAAGUGCCUGGGCACAGUGGAGCGAAGAUCAGCAAGGUGCAAUGGAUGGGAGACCACGACAGAGUUGUCACUACUGGGUUCUCAAAGAUGAGCGAACGGCAACUUGGUCUUUGGGACACCAGGAACCCCACGACCCCCAUUGGCGACUUUGUGCCGCUCGACUCGGGCUCAGGCGUCGUCAUGCCAUUCUGGGACGAUGGCUCGCAAAUCCUCUACCUUGCUGGUAAGGGAGAUGGAAACAUUCGCUACUUCGAAUACCAAAACGACAAGUUCGAGUUCUUGUCAGAGUACAGGUCAUCCAACGCGCAACGAGGCCUCGCGUUCAUGCCGAAGCGGGGAGUCAACACUCACGACAACGAGAUCAUGCGCGCCUUCAAGUCCGUUGAUGAUGCAUACAUUGAGCCAAUCUCGUUCGUAGUGCCGAGACGAUCAGAAACCUUCCAGGACGACAUCUACCCACCCACUAUCGGAACGCAACCAGCAAUGUCCAGCGAGGAGUGGUUCCAAGGCAAGAGCGCACUUCCGCCCAAGCUCAACAUGGAAGAUUUGUUCGAUGGCAAUGAGCCUCAGAUGGUGGCAGCAGAGGAACGACCGAAGCCAACUACCACGACACCUGCACCUCCUGCUCCUGCGGCAGUACCAAAACCCGAGCCCAAGCCAGAACCGAAGGCCGAGCCAACUCCUGCUCCAGCGGCGACGCGAGAGCUUCCAAGUGUGAACCAGAACAAGCAGUCCAUGGCUACUCUCGCGGACAAGUUCGCAGACAAGGCAGAAGAGGAGGUCGACGAUGUCCGCGACGAUAGCUCUUUUGAAGAGAUUCAGAAACCAGUGGAGAGACCCUCAGUCAUAGCAGCACGACAAGCGGAGGCUAGCAAGCCAGCCUCUGUAGUGAGCAAAACGUCCUCAGCCCCAGCAUCUCAGCCGAAGGCAGAACCAAAGAGCCUUGCAAGCAACACAGGCGAAGGUGUGCCUGCAGCAUCGGUCAAACCAGCCUCCGAGCUUCGUGAGGAGAGCAAGUCCACCGCUCCGACCUCCACGGCGCCGGCGUCGUCCCAGGCUGGGCCAUCUGCCAGUGCUGCAGCUGGCGGUCUGCGCGAUGUACUCCACGAAAUUCGCACUAUGCUGCACACACAAGGCAAGCAACUUGAACAACUGACGUCUGAAAUGGCGCAGCUCAAGUUGAAGUUGGGAGAAUAGGAAGCUUACCAACUGGAUCCAACUUGUGCGCCUGUCACUAACGAUCCGCGCCCAUCUCGAGCGACUGCACGUCCCGAUGUCAUCAAGACGCAUUCAGCGGCGGACCUGGCAGGUAGAGUAAGCGCGCUCAAAAGCAGAUUGGGGAUUACACAGACUCAGGCUGCGCAUCGAUACCACAUCAUCCCCGACUUAUCAAUGAAGGGGCGGACAUUAUGACUGGCUGGCGCCGUCUUGUGAGCGACGACAGAUGUAGAGAGAGGUACAUGUAGCAGGGUAGACACGCAUCACGAACCAUCGGAUUCAAUGUGCGCGCGCGAAGUACAUGUAGUUCGAUGCAAGCGUCAUAGAAAUAGCGCUUGGCCUCUUCACAAUUACAUAUACACCUCAGGGACGUACCUGAACAUGUGCCGUGUCGCUAGAACUUGUCGAGCUUUGACUUCGGCAGCCACAGAGCCAGAAAGUAAACUUGACGACC